AUGCCGUGCCUCUCCCCAUUCGCAGCCUCCCGCCUGACCCGCAGCUUUUUCUUUCGGGGGUGCCUUCUUCAUUUCCAGCAGGCCGCGGCCACUCACAAGGUGGGCACUGUCCCGGCUCUGGGAGGAAGGUGGAGCCGGACGGAGGCGGCGGCCAACGCCGGAUGCCCAUUUUGGCGCCGUGCGUUGGGGCAGCCGUGGGCUGUGGGCGUCUGGAGAUGGAAUGAACAUGCACGAAUGCACAUAGGGCAGCAACAUGCCGUCCAAGUGGCCUGUGGAUCAUCCACAGUGGGUGCCCCUGAAGACAAGGCGCCAGAAGAGGUAGCAGCAGGGGUUCAACCCGACCCAGGGCACAUCAUGCAGAUCGGAAUGGGGUUCAUGGCGUCCAGGGUGCUGCAAGUGGCCGUGGGCCUGGACCUGUUUACAGUGCUUGGCCACAGUGCCAUGAAUGCAGAGGAGCUGGGCAGAGCCCUGGAGCUGCACCCUCGAGGCACGUACGAUUUUUUUGACGCCCUUGUGGCGCUGAAGCUCCUCGAUCGGGAAGGUGAUGGCGUGGAUGGUCGGUACAGGAACACGCCGUCGACGGCAGCAUUCUUGGACAGGAACAGCCCAAAGUGGCUGGGCGGAAUCAUCAACAUGAUGAACAGCAGGCUGUACGGUGUCUGGGGAGGGCUGCUAGGGGGAUUGAAGACCGGGACUCUGCAAAGCACACAAGGCGAGUCGUUUUUCGACUACCUGGCAUCCAGCAGGGAGGUAUUAGUCGACUUCCUUGAAGCCAUGAACAGCAUUCAAAGGCCGAAUUUCCAUCUUUUGGCUGAGAAAUUCGACUUCCAGAGGUACAAGUCGGUGAGCGAUGCUGGCUGCGGACUGGCGCUGCUCGCCAUAAUUGUGGGUGGGUAUCACAAGCACCUCGCUUUCAAUGUGCUCGACCUUCCGGCCGUGACGCCCCACGCUCAGGAGCGCAUCAAGGCGGCGGGCAUCGCGGAUCGUGUCACGGUGCACGCCGGAGACUUUUUCGUCGACGGUCUACCCGAUGCAGACGUUGUCUUCAUGGGAAAUAUUUUGCACGAUUGGAACCUAGAGAAGAAGACGGUUCUAAUUAGGGCAGCUUAUGAUGCGCUGCCAGUAGGCGGCGCCUUUGUGGUCGUGGAAGACGUCAUAGAUGACAAGAGGAGGGAGAGUGUGCCUGGGCUGCUAAUGUCGCUCAACAUGCUGGUGGAAACAGGGGAUGGGUUCAAUUUCACAAUGGCGGAUUUUCAGCAGUGGUGCAGCGAGGUUGGCUUCAGGCGUUUUGACACCAUACCACUAGCAGGGGCCUCCGCAGCCUUGGUUGCCUACAAAUAG